CUUCGAGAGAAAUAUGGGGAUGUGUUCACGGUGUACCUGGGACCAAAGCCCGUGGUCAUGCUGUGUGGGACAGAGGCCAUACGGGAGGCCCUGGUGGACCAAGCUGAGGAUUUCUCUGGUCGGGGAACACUGGCCAUCACUGAGCCAAUCUUCCAGGGAUACGGUGUGAUCUUUGCCAAUGGAGAACGUUGGAAAACCCUUCGGAGAUUCUCUCUGGCCACCAUGAGGGACUUCGGGAUGGGAAAGCGGAGCAUUGAGGAACGGAUUCAGGAGGAGGCUCAGUGUCUGCACCGAGCAACCCUGGACCCCAGCGCCCCCAGAGACUUCAUCGACGCCUACCUGCUCCGCAUGGACAAAGAGAAGUCCAACCCGCAGAGCGAGUUCCACCACAAGAACCUCGCCAUUACCUUGCUGUCCCUCUUCUUCGCGGGCACCGAGACCACCAGCACCACUCUGCGCUACGGCUUCCUGCUCAUGCUCAAGUACCCUCACGUGGCAG